AUCGUCAUCAAAACCUGUUGAUAUUGCUUCGUGCAGAGAGUAGAAUUUGAUAGUUUUGUUUAUUUUCAAUUUUUUUUCUUUUAAAUAUUAUUGUUUAAUAAUUUGAACUUGCAAAAUUGUGAACAUGUCAAAAUCAUACACAAACGGGAAACGCUACACCAACAACGUUCGAAUUGAAGGCAAAAUUGUCAUCAUUACUGGAGCGAAUGCUGGAAUUGGAAAGGCGACAGCAUUAGAUUUAGCAAAGCGAGGGGGCAAAAUAUACAUGGCAUGUCGAAAUCAAAACAAAGGAAUCGAGGCUGUGAACGAAGUGAAAGCAGCAAGUGGAAAUGACAAUGUUUUCUUCCUUCAGCUUGAUCUUGCAUCGUUAGAGUCGAUUCGAGAAUUUUCGAAGAAAUUUCAUGAGAUUGAAACUCGCCUUGAUAUUCUUAUAAAUAAUGCUGGCGUACUCUCUCCUCUCGAAAGAACAAAAGAAAAAUUUGAGUUGAACAUGGGAGUUAACCAUCUUGGUCACUUCUUGCUCACAAAUUUAUUGUUGGAUCUUUUGAAGCAAUCAGCUCCUAGCCGUAUUGUGGUGGUAGCUUCACAGCUUCAUAAAAUUGGAGCAAUUGAUAAAGAAAAUUUCAACAGUGAGAAAAGUUUUGCUGGUUCAUGGAAAGCCUACGCUAAUAGUAAAUUAGCAAACAUUCUUUUCACACGUGAAUUAUCUAAAAGAUUGGAAGGUACUGGAGUAACUAUCAACGCAUUAUGUCCUGGAGCCGUUGACACUGAUGCAACCAAAUACUUGAAUCCCAUUAUGAGGUUUUUAAUGACACCUCUCAAGAAAUUAUUUUACAAGUCACCAGAAAACGGUGCACAAACUUCAAUAAUGCUUGCUGUUGAACCCGAACUAGAAAAAGUGUCAGGAAAGUACUAUGAAACAUGUCAGGAAUCAACAUCAUCUGAAAAGUCAAAAGACGAUGAGAUGGCUGCGUGGUUGUGGGAAUUAAGUGAUGAAAAGACUACAAUGGUUGCAACAGUUUCAUAAAUUAUAAAGAAAUUUGAUUCUUUUUCUUAUUCUUUUAUGAAACUAUGUUAUGAUUGUUAUGGAUGAAUAAAAUAUCAGACAGAAUAUGUCAUAAAUAUGAAAAAAAUCAGAUAAAAACAA